AUGUCUGCUGAUAAGGAAGAUCGUCUGGUGUACGGCUCAGCCGCCGACCUGGACGGCGAUGGCAUCGACGAGAAGCGUGGCAAUGCUCAUGAUCGGGCGGAUAUGUAUCGCAUGGGCAAGAAGCAGGAGAUGAACAGAAAUUUUCGCUUCCUAUCGAUCUUUGGCUUCUCCAUGAUUCUAAUGGCAUCGUGGGAGUUCUCUUUGAGUGUCUCGACUAUCGGCCUCAUCAACGGAGGUACGGCUGGCCUCAUCUGGAUGUACUUUAUUUGCUGGGCCGGCUUCAUGUUGGUCAAUAUAUCCAUGGCUGAAAUGGCUUCCAUGGCUCCGACAACUGGCGGACAGUACCACUGGGUUUCCGAAUUCGCGCCGCCUCAAUACCAAAAGUUCAUCAGUUACUUGAUGGGGUGGAUGUGCGUCCUUGGCUGGCAGACGUCUUGCGCGUCCUCGGCAUACAUUUCUGGCACCCAGAUCCAGGGGCUAAUGGUCCUGAACUACCCCGAUUACGUUCCUCAGCCAUGGCAUGGUACGCUGCUCACUAUUGCUAUCGCCGCGUUUUCGGUCCUCUUCAACACGAUCUUGGCAAGAAAGCUACCCCUCAUUGAAGCUCUUGUGCUCAUCAUCCAUAUCUUCGGCUUCUUCGGAAUUCUCGUAACGCUUUGGGUCCUGUCUCCUCGGGCCGAGCCAAAGGCCGUCUUCACUGAAUUCUUCGACGGCGGGGGCUGGGGAAGCCUAGGUGGGUCUGCUCUCGUCGGCAUCACCGCUGGUAUCUUGCCUCUGCUUGGUGCCGAUGCCGCCGUUCACAUGUCGGAGGAGGUGCGUGACGCCGGGCGGACGCUGCCCCGAUCCAUGAUCAUGACUACCGUGAUCAACGGUGGACUAGGAUGGAUCAUGAUCAUCACCUACUGCUUCUGCAUUGGCGACCUUUUCGAGGUCCUUGAGACCCCGACCGGUUACCCCUUCAUGCAGGUUUUCCUCAACUCGACACAGUCGGCAAGCAGCGCCACAGCUAUGGCCGUCUUUGUCGUCGCUAUGGCCAUAUUCUCCAAUCUCACCAUGGUGGCCACUGCCUCACGCCAGCUGUUUGCUUUUGCGCGUGAUAACGCCGUACCCCUGAGCCCUUGGUUUGCUAGUGUUCCCGCUGGCUGGGAUGUUCCCCUGAACGCCAUUUUUACGACUUUCCUCAUUUCCAGUCUCCUCUCGCUCAUCAACAUUGGGUCUGCCGUCGCCCUGAAUUCGAUUACAUCCUUGGCCACAACUUCUCUUCUAUCUAGCUAUAUCUGCUCCAUCGGCUGCAUGAUUUGGAGACGCUGGACCAACAGUCCUCUACUUCCCUCAAAGUUCAGCCUCGGUCGAUGGGGUUUAGCUAUCAACAUUGCCUCUGUUGUGUUUCUCGUUACCAUCUUCGUCCUUGCUUUCAUGCCGCCAACACCAAACCCCACUCUCGACAUGAUGAAUUGGAAUAUUCUCAUCUACAGUGUCAUCGCAUUGUUCUCUCUGGCCUACUAUCUGGUGCGCGGCAAGCAUCAGUACGAAGGUCCUGUAGCUUAUGUUAGGACUCUAGCACAGUAG